UCAUACACGAGGUAACUCACUGUUCUUUACACGAUUAAAGGCAUUUGAAAACAAAGAGAUGAAACAUUUAAAAUGGAUUAUAAAAACAAUAAAAAUGACAACUAAAACCACAUACAGUGGAAGUAAUGUGAUCAAAAAGUGGAUAUAUUCUAAAAAGCAUGAGGAAAAAGGAAGUUUUCAAACUGGAUUUAAAAACAUUCACAGUUGGUGCUGACUAGUAGUAGCAGAACUUUAAAAUGCAUUCUGAAGGUGACUGGAAGCUGGUACAAGGACUUUAGGAUUGGAGUUAUACCGCUUUGUUUUGGUCAGAACGUGAACUGCAGCAUUCUGAAUGAGCUGCAGCUGUUUAAUACUCUUUUGGGGGAGUUAAUGUUUUUGCUAAAAUAUCAAAAUUGCAAAAUGUCUUUCAAUAACAUUGAGGUAUGAAGGUGUUUUUUUUUUUUAAAAAAAACAAGCCCACUUUUUAAGUAAAUUGCAUAUGUAUAUAUAUAUUUUUUUUACUGGCUUCUGAUUUCAAAACUUAGAAUCCAACAAUUUGUUAUUUAUAUGGGAUAAUACAUUGCAGGAUGAUCAUACGCAUAUUUGGAAUCAUAGUCAAAACACCCCUCGGAGCGAAAACUACGAUAUAGCAGAAUUGCGAUUAAAAUGACUGUGACAUCUCUGUACUGUUGAUAAUAAAGAUCAAGAAGAUUAGCUGUCAUUUUUUAACAUACUUGAAACCUUUUUUUUUUGUGGAGUACGUGAGUACUACAAGUCCAAACUCACCCAGACUAUCUCUCCAAUGGCCCCCAGGUAAAUUCAGUUUGAGAUCUCUGAUGUAGAUGGAUGAAUAGUGACGUUAUAGUGUAUUAAUUUUUAAUCAAUGUCGAGUUGAGGGGAAAAUAGUAUUGUAGGAAUUAGUCACUUUUUUUUUUGACUUUUCAGUUUUCGCGUUGAGUCUAUUUUAGUAGCAGUGCAAGGGGUUGGAUGCGCAUAAUGUCAUUGCACCCUGCCAAAGGAGAUAAUGGGACUGUGGGAAUGGGGCGUGCACACGCGUGCACACGGACACAAUUGCAGGCGGCCGAUUAGUGGACUCCCGCGCAGCCAGUCAGAGCGCCUCAGCAGCCGGGGGAGGCUGAGGGAUGCUGCCGGUGGUGGUGGGUGGAGGGUGUCGGUGGCGGGGCGGGGGGCGAGGCUGCGCAACAGUCCCAGUCUUGCGACAUCCUCUCCCGAGACGGCACGCGCCGCGUUCCGGACCGGAAUCAGCGGGACGAGCCACGGAAAGCGUAGCUUUUUCAGAACUUUGAACCUGCCAUGCGGCUUAACUUUGGAGCCGACGGUCGGGGCGCUGUUUUCGAGAGGUGAUCGACGUCCAAGAUUGUCAACAUGUGGCAGCCGAAAUCAUAACUUAUUUGCCCCCGCUCUCAGUGAUGGAAUGAAGACGAAGGCCAGCAUGGAUGAUAAGUCCAGCAAGCUGAUCCUGGUUCCGAUCCUGGCUGUGCUUUUUGUCACGAUAGGCUACCAGUACAUGUGUCCCGCCGGCAGCCAUUCGUGUCCGCUGAAAAACGGAGACGCGCCGCGCGGAGUGAGCCUGCUCUCCGCCGGGUACCUGCAGGACGGGGACGAUUUCGGGGACCAGGACUUGGAGGACGACAACCCCGCCAAAGCGCCGUCCCAGUUCAACUUUACCCAGCGGGACUUGGACCGGCGCGUGGAGUUCAACAUGAAAGGGGACGACGUGAUCGUGUUCUUGCACAUCCAGAAGACCGGCGGCACCACGUUCGGCCGCCACCUGGUGAGGAAUAUCCGCCUGGAGCAGCCUUGCGACUGCAAGGCCGGCCAGAAGAAGUGCACCUGCCACCGGCCGGGCAAGGACGAGUCGUGGCUCUUCUCCCGCUUCUCGACCGGAUGGAGCUGCGGUCUGCACGCCGACUGGACCGAGCUGACCAACUGCGUGCCCGUCAUCAUGGAUAAGAAGGAGGUCCAGAGGAAUAAAAGGAACUUCUACUACAUCACCAUGCUGCGCGACCCGGUCUCCCGCUACCUGAGCGAGUGGAAGCACGUCCAGCGAGGUGCCACGUGGAAGACGGCCCUGCACAUGUGCGACGGACGCUCGCCCACCCAGGACGAGCUGCCCACCUGCUACAACGGCGAGGACUGGUCGGGCGUCAGCCUCACCGACUUCAUGCGCUGCCCCUCCAACCUGGCCAACAACCGACAAGUGCGCAUGCUGUCCGACCUGAGCCUGGUGGGCUGCUACAACUUGUCCUCCAUGAACGAGAGCCAGCGCGACCACAUCCUGCUGAGCAGCGCCAUGAGCAACCUGAAGAACAUGGCUUUCUACGGCCUGACCGAGUUCCAGCGCAAGACGCAGUACCUGUUCGAGCGGACGUUCAGCCUGCGCUUCAUCUCGCCCUUCACGCAGAUCAACAGCACGCGCGCCGCCAACGUGGACCUGAGCGAACCCGUGCGCCGACGCAUCGAGGACCUCAACUUCCUGGACGUGCAGCUGUACGACUACGCCAAGGACCUGUUCCUGCAGCGUUUCCAGUUCAGCCGGCAGAGGGAGCGCCGCGAGGUGCGCUUGAAGAGGCGCGAGGAGCGGCGUUGGAUACGCGAGCGGCAGCAGGCUCGGCCGUGGCCGCCCGGACGCGGCGAGGGAGCUUCGAGAAGCCUCUCGGAGAAAGACGACAAUGAGCUUGCGAGCACCACUGAGGACUACACGAGCCAAGUAGCUCGCUGGUGAAGCCAAAAAAACGCAAACUCACCGUCUUCAUACGCUACGCACAAAAAGUCGGGGAUGGUCGGGUUUUGGGUGAAAUUUCAGGAGUGAGAAUCCAUUAUAUACGUGAACUUCGGUUGACCCUCUCGAAACUUUUGAAUGUCCAAUUCUUUGAUUUUUAUCUUCUUUUACGAUCGUAUACUAUUCUCUAACAAAGACAAAUGAAGCAAAAUUCACAUCCAUUCAUGAAUUUAUCCAAUUUUAUGCCUUUCAGUAACUCUUCCAAUCUCCCUCCAUCUGUGUUGUUGCCUGCUGAUGACGGACUGGCUGUGUUCAGGAACCAAUUGCGAGCCAUUUUGUAUAUAGGGAACUAUGAAGUGGCUAGGUGAGUUUAUAGUGAGUUCUAACCCAGUCUCUCCAGACGUUUGACCCACGGUACAUAUUUUACAUGAGCAAAAUCUCACCGCACACUACUAAUAUCCAUCCAUCCAUCCAUCUAUUAUCUACCACUUUUCCGGGGUCGGGUCACGGGGGAAGUGGCUUCAGCAGGGAUACCCAGACUUCCCAUUCCCCAGCCACUUCUUCCAGCUCUUCCGGAGGGAUCCCGAGGCGUUCCCAAGCCAGCCGAGAGACAUAGUCUCUCCAGCGUGUCCUGGGUUGUCCUCGGGUUCUCUUUCCGGUGAGACCUCACCAGGAAUCAGAUGCCCGAGCCACCUCAUCUGGCUCCUCUCAAUGCGGAGGAGCAGCGGCUCGACACUGAGCCCCUCCCGGAUGACCAAACCCGUUCUCUAAAGGAGAGCCCGGACACCCUGCGGAGGAAACUAAUUUUGGACACUUAUAUCAGGGAUCUUGUUCUUUCGGUCACGACCCACAGCUCAUGCCCAUAGUUGAGGGUAGGAACGUAGAUCGACUGGUAAAUUGAGAGCUUUGCCUUUCAACUUAGCUCCCUCUUUACCACAACGGACCGCAUCACUGCAGACCCGCUAGGUUCUUCCCUCACUCGACAACAAGACCUCAAGAUACUAAAACUCCUCCACUACUAAUAUACACAAGUCCAUUAUGUACCUUCUGCCGUGGAAUGAAAGAGCAGUUAUUGUUCUGCCUGUCACCGCAUGUGACUCUCAUAGAUAGAUUGAUAAACAAAAUGAUACAUAAUUUGUGAAUAACUACUUUCAGGCCAAUUAAGUCAAAUUUGGUAAUUUCCCACGGCACACCUGACACGCACAAUAACGUUCCCUCGCGAUACGGUGGCUGGGAAUGAAUGAGCAAAGCUUAUCUACUGUAAAUAGUCUCCUCUAUUAAGAUUUAUUUACUUGUUCAAUAUUUAUUGCGGAAGGUCCUCCAGCUGACCUUCAUCCGCCGUGUUAUAAUUACACAAAAGGACUGACGUAGUCAGCGGUUGUCAAAAUAGCGUUCCAAAAGUGGCUUUGAAAUUUGACCGACGUGUGAAAUUCCCUUUUUUUGAAGCGCGGGACGGUCAUCGGUCGAUUUAUGGAUCCCGACACCCGGGGUGAAUUUUGCUUUCAAAGUUGGGCAUUCAAAAGAUCAAAGAAAAGGUCAACUUUACAGUACAUUCAACUGUAAAAGGUUAGCGUGUAUUUUGAGUUCUUUCUGAAAAAAAUAAUAAUAAUAAUUUCACCCGCAAGGCCAGCACCCCAAAACUAUUUAAGAGUAGUGUAUAUUCUCAUCGUCUCAUCUUUUAAUGUGUUCCUCAGCUUUUUCGAUGUGCACUCGUCUUAAUUUACAACAGUGGUUCUCAAACUGGAGUCGGGAGCUCGCGGGUCCGCGAAAUAAUUUGCCAUAAAUUAUUAUGUAGUGUCAUUUUUUUUUUUUUAAAGUGCAUAAUUACUGUACAUACGGGCACGGACGUGAUGGUAAAAUAAACUAACACGCUUCAUAAUUUACUCUCGCCUAGCUGAGCUUUGGGCGUAUAAAAAGCCCUCAUUUGACGUAUUGUCACAUAAAUCCGGCAUCCCCGCAUGAAUAAAAUCAAGUUGUUUUGUUUUAAACAAAAAGCAUUUCAUUACAGGACUAAACUCCUAUUUUUAAAUCACAAAAUGUGACCCCACCAAACAAAAAAAAUGUCACAAUCUGGGUCUGUUUAGUUGAACACAAUUAUUCUGCUGUACGAAUGGCAACGGGAAUUGAACCUGCUACCGUCUCAUUUUUCGCCGUCAUUUUCAAACCGUCCAUGCAGCCCUUUUCUUAGCCGCUUAUCCUCACUAGGGUCGCGGGAUUGCCGCAGCCUAUCCCAGCUGUCGACGGGCAAGAGGCGGGGGACACCCUGAACUGAUCGCCAGCCAAUCGCGGGGCACAUGGAGACAAACAGUCGCACUCACAAUAACACCUAGGGACAAUUUAGAGUGUCCAAUUAAUGUUUUUUGGGAUGUGGGAGGUUACCGGAGUGCCCGGAGAAAAACCGACGCAGGCUCGGGGAAACAUGCAAACUCCACACAGGCGGGUCCGGGAUCGAUCCCGGGUCCUCAGAACUGUGAGGCCAACACUUCACCAGCUAAUUCCACCGUGCCCCCCCCCAUUUUCAGACCAAAGGAAUCUUCGGGUCAACUCAAUAAAAUGCUUUAGAUUGCAAGAAUUUAUGUAUGAAACUCACUUGAUGAAAUAUGAGAUUCCCCCCUUUCUUAACUCAGAAUUUAAUAUCUCAUUAUUACGGCAUUACUAUAACUUGGAAAAAUUCCUGUAAAAUUAGGAUGACUAAACAUCUUUAAAUAUCUUAUCUCAUUUGCCGUCUUAUCUAAAUAUUAUUCUCAGAGCAAAAACCUUUUUUUUUCUCCAGAAACACUGAUUAACAACUUUUUCUAAAAAAAAAAAAAAAAAAAAAAAAAUUUGGUGACAUACAUGGGUACAUGUUAUUUAUUGCCAUAAUUCCUUGAAAUUUUUUUUGAAAGGGGUUCCUGGACCCCAAUUAGUUUGAGAACCUCUGCUUUCUAAGUGCGGCCCCUGCCUCGUGGUGCCCUUUUUUUUCUUAAUGUCUUAAAACUCUUCAAAUGCUGUGUUUUUAAUCAUUUCAUCGCUGCCUUGGUUCGUUUCUAGUGCAGCUUUUACUAGGGGGAAAAAAAACAAAUCGGAAAGCUGCUUUAUUUAAACGAGACAAAAAAAGUGAAUGUCAUCAAAAUCACUGAAACGUUUUUAAAAAAGUAAUUGUAGACAGUUGCAUGCCGCAUUCACACUUGCACAAGUAGUCUGCAAAGAAAAACGAGUUCAAUUAUGAUUAUUUUUUUGUUUGAAGUGAAUGAAAAGCGUUUUCUGAGGGCCGCUUUUAGUGCAUGAGGACUGAUUAUGUGUUUGAGUUGCAAUGUUCUUUUAUUUUCACAAGUGCAAUAACUUUAAUAAUUACAAAAAAAAUAUUGCUUUUUGGUGUAAAUUACAGCGGAACCUCUAAAGUCAAAAACAAUCUGUUCAGGAUUCCUGCUUGCCUUCCCAGUUCUGAUUUCAAAACAUAUUUUUCUGAUGAUAAGUGUGCAGUGUUAACAUUGCCAGCGAGGUUUGAAUGUAUCGCACUUCACCGAGCGCUCCACCUGAGUUUCUGGCUAAAGCCACGCCCCCUCACUAGUGAGGUCACAAAUCCAAAUCCAUGUCAUAACUGCUUUUGGAUAAUACAGGUUGCUCAGUUGAUGAUAUAUCACGUUUGUAUACAUUUUAGACCCUGUCUAGAGAAAACCUUUUUUUUUUUUUUUUGCAAGUUCACCUUUCAAAUACAGGGAAGAAAAUAAGUAUUAGAACACCCUUGCAAGUUCUCCCAUGUAGAAAUCAUGGAGGGGUCUGAAAUUUUCAUCGAAGGUGCAUGUCCACUGUGAGGGAGAUAAUCAAAAAAGAAAAAAAUCCAGAAAUCACAAUGUGCGAUUUUUUUUAAUGAUAUAUUUGUGUGAUACAGCUGCAAAUAAGUAUUUGAACACCAACGUCAAAGACCUGUUAGUCCGCCUUUAAAAGUCCACCUCCACUCCAUGUAUUAUCCUGAAUCACAUGCACCCAUGUGAGGUUGUUAGCUGCAUAAAGACACCUGUCCACCCCGUACGAUCAGCAAGACUCAAAUUUGUAACAUGGCCAAGACCAAAGAGCUGUCCAAAGACACCAGAGACAAAAUUGUACAACUCCAUGCGGCUGGAAAGGGAAAAGGUUUUAUGGUCAGAUGAGACCAAAAUGGAACUUUUGGGUCAUAAUUCCACUAACCGACAAAGACGACUGAUGAGUUCCAUCCCAAGAACACCAUCCCUACUGUGAAGCAUGGGGGUGGUAGUACGACACUUUGGGGGUGUUUUUCUGCACAUAGGACAGGACAACUGCUCUGUAUUAAGGAGAGGAUGACUGUGGCCAUGUAAUGUGAGAUUUUGGGGAACAAUCUCUUUCGCUCAGUCAGAGCAUUGACAUAACAACAUAAUGACCCGAAGCACACAGGAAAACCAAGGGGUGGCUCCGUAAGAAGCACAUCAAGGUUCUGGUGUGGCCUAGCCAGUCCCCAGACUUAAACCCAGUAGAAAAUCUUUGGAGGGAGCUGAAACUCUGUUUCUCAGCAACAGUCCAGGAACCUGUCUGAUCUAGAGAAGAUCCGUGUGGAGGAGUGGGGCAAAAUCCCUCCUGCAGUGUGUGCAAACCUGGUGAACAACAACAGGAAACAUUUGACCUCUGUAAUUGCAAACAAAGGCACUGUACUAAAUAUUAACAUUGGUUUUCUCAGGUGUUGAAAUACUUAUUUGCAGCUGUAUCACACAAAUAAAUCGCUAAAAACAUCGUACAUUGGGAUUUCUGGAUUUUUCUUUUUAGAUUAUCUAACAGAGGACAUGCACCUACGAUGAAAUUUUCAGACCCCUCCAUGAUUUCUAAGUGGGAGAACUUCCAAUAUAGCAGGGUGUUCAAAUACUUAUGUCUUCACUGUAAUUAAUCACCGUUUUGUAGUUGAAACUUCAGUUGGUUACUGAGCUGUGAAGUCAUAAAUAUACAUUGCACCUUUUUUUUCUGGAGUCAAAUUAUCAACACGUUUUCCUUUGGAGGUUCCGCUGUAGCGAAUGCGCUGUUGCUCUAAGAAAAAUAAAAAUAUGCUAGCUAGUCCCGCACCGCAGGGAAACCUUGGAAGUACAGUAUUAAAAAUGUCUACGCUUGUGUUAUGCCAUUAUUGUUUCCUGAUGUGACACAUGAACACACGAAGAUGAAAGCAGCGUUAUUGUUUAAUCUUUUCGCGGGCUUAUCUCGUAUUCCGCUAAAAGGCCCGGCCGCGCGCGCACGCCUAUCAUCACGUCCUCUAAUUUUCCCGUGUAACAACGUUGUCUCUCUUUUGUUUCUUUUGAUUGCAGUUCUAAAAUACCUCAAUGCCUUGUCCCCAUCGUUAAUAUUUUUUUUCUCCCAUUCAUCCAUUCGCAACAACAGUAUAUGUGUUUGAAGAGCGCAGACGACGCGAGCACGCCGGACGUUCAUUAGCAUUUCCGCGCCGUCGGCCCGGCUCGGAACAGACCCGCUCCGGCGGCGACCUUCCGCGUUACAGUAGAAAAUGUCAUCUUUAAAAAAAAAAAAAAAAAAAAAAGAAAGGAAAAAAAAAAUUGCAUUCAUGAAUAUUUCAUUUCGUCGUCGAUGGUGUCGCUUUUUGCGGUUGAAAUGAAGCUUUCGGUGCUGUGACGAGCAGCAGGAGUGAGAGGACAGAUGGGAGCGCGGUAUGUGCCAUACUCGGCGGACCGGACCACUUGCAGUACACGACAUGGACCGCUUACGUAAGGAAACCCUAAUGAGAGUGGAACACUGAUGACAUUGUUUUUGAAUGCGUUUGAAGUGAGGCAAUAAUGCUGUUGUGACGGUUGGUUAUUACAUUAUGUCAAACCCUACAAGUGUGUAUGACACGUGUCAAUGGCGUAAAGAGUAGAUAUGAAAAGUCUACACACCCCCUGUUUGAAUGCCAGUUUUUUUUUGUGGUGUACAAACGUGAAACAAGAUGAAUCCUUUCGAAACUUUUUCCAUCAUUGAUGGACGGAAGCGUAUGACUGCCACGCCAAAAAAUAAAAAAAAAAGAAGUCAUGUUUCAUAUUAUAAUGUCAAUUGUUUCACAUUAUAAUGUGGUUAAUUACAUGUUAUGAUGUGAAUCGUUUCACAUUUUCGUGUUAUAACGUAGAAAAUGUUAAAUUUCACCCGUCUUUAUCCAUUACACAUAAUGUGAAUCAUUUCAAAUAAUGUGAAUUGUUUCACAUUAUAACGUUGAUUUGUUUCAUGUUAUAACGUAGAUUCGUUUCACGUUAUAACGUAAAUUUGUUUCACAUAAUAACACAGAAAAUAUUAAAUAAAUUUCACCCUUCUUUACCAUUACACAUUAUCAUGUGAAUCAUUUCACAUUAUAACGUAGAUUCGUUUCACAUUAUAACGUAGAUUUGUUUCACGUUAUAACGUAGAUUCGUUUCACAUAACGUACAAAAUAAUAAAUCAAUUUCACCCCUUUAUCCACUACAUAUUAUAAUGUGAAUCGUUUGACAUUAUAAUGUGAAUCGUUUCACGUUAUAAUGUAGAUUCUUUUCACAUAACGUGGAUUCGUUCCACAUCAUAACAUAGAAAAUAUGAAAUAAAUUUCACCCCUCUUUACCCAUUACAUGUUAUAAUGUAAAUCGUUUCACAUUAUAUUGUGGUUAAUUACAGGUUAUAACGUGAAUCGUUUCACAUUAUGAUGUGAAUCGUUUUACGUUGUAACAAAGAUUCGUUUCACAUAACGGAAAUUAAUUUCACAUAAUGGAGAUUCGUUUCAUAACAUAGAAAAUAUUAAAUAAAUAAAGUUCACCCCUCUUUGCCCAUUACACAUUAUAAUGUGAAUCGUUUCACAUUAUAGUGUGGUUAGUAACACGUUAUAAUGUCAGUCAUUUCACUUUAUAAUGUGAAUCGUUUCACGUUAUAACGUAGUUUCAUUUCACAUAAUAACGUACGUUCGUUUCACAUAACGUAGAAAAUAUUAAAUAAAUAAAUUUCACCCCUCUUUACCCAUUGCACAUUUUAAUGUGAAUCGUUUCACAUUAUAAUGUGAAUGGUUUCACGUUAUAAUGUAGAUUCGUUUGACAUGAUGUAGAUUUGUUCCACAUAAUGUUGAUUCGUUUCAUAUAACGUAGAAUAUAAUAAUUUCACCCCUCUUUACCCAUUACACAUUAUAAUGUGAAAAUGAUUUACAUUAUAACAUAUAGUUAACCACAUUAUAAUGUGAAACC